AUGGAAGCAGCGCUCUCAUUCCUAUUUGCCUCUCUGAAAGAGGCGUCUUCCCAGCUUCAGGGCCCAUUGAAUGCGGAGCGCCUUGCUGCUCUUCAUGACCACCGCGAAGGGAAACUGCCCGAUGCAGCACUGAGUGAGCUGGCAGCACAAACAAUCGACCGUUUGCAUCAGGUAGAGCAGCUGCUGGAGCCAUCAUCGUUAGUGCUCGCCGACCAUUUCCUUGGUUAUCUCAACUGCAAAUGCCUGUGUGCGGCAGUCGAGUUCCACAUUCCAGAUCUCCUCGCUGGUGGGCCACAAACCCUCCCAAAGCUAGCCCAGCUGUCAGGAGCCAGAGAGGAUCGACUGCGCCAGGUCCUCCGGAUGCUGCAUAACAACGGAAUCUUUGCCUACUCAGUCGACGACGAUACCUACAGCAAUAAUCCAACCUCUGAAAUGCUUCGAACCGACCACUGGACUCAAUGGCACAACUGGGUCGAUCUGUAUGGCAACGAGUUUUACGACAUGGCGAGAGGAAUUCCAGCCUCGCUCAAGCAGGGCACGGUGCGGACUCCGGCACAGAUCAAUUUCGAUACCGAUGAAAACAUGUUUGAUUACUUUGCUCGCCGUGGGUGGCUACAACGAUUGCACCGGACCCUGGGAGGUGGAGCUACCGCCCAAGCUCCUGGUAUUCUCGCUGAUUAUCCCUGGGAGGAGUUUGGGGACAAGACUUUCCUAGAUAUCGGAGGGGGUGAGGGUGCAUUGAUUGCGUUGCUACUCCGCAGACAUCCCAACAUGCGCGCGGCACUACUGGAUACGCCCAAGGUCAUUGAGCAUGCGCGAUCGCUGUUCCGAGAUGGAAAGUAUGCAGACGUUGGCGAGCGCGUGCCGGAGGAAAAUCUGAUCGCCGGAGACUUUCUGCAGAGCAUUCCGAAAUUCGAGUUCUACACAAUGAAGUGGUGUCUCCACGACUGGGACGAUGAAAAGACGGCCACUGUACUACGGAAUAUUCGCAAUGCUAUCCAGGUGACUGCCGACAGCCGCCUCGUGGUCAUGGAGUCUAUUCUGGCCGAUGGGCGCAGUAGCCGACUCUCCCGGUAUGGGGACCUGACGAUGAUGGUCAGCGCAGACGGGCAGGAACGGACUGAGGCGCAGUGGCGCUCGCUCGCCGGCCGGACGGGGUGGCAGAUUUGGCAAAUUCGGACUCUAAGGGCCGCCUGGCCUUAUCACAUUUUCCAUGACCAAGCAGUACCGAAGAUGGAGCCCAAGAAUGAUACAGAGUCAGUCCCCGUGAACCAGGGCGACCUCGAAUAUGACGGGCGAGUUAUUCUCUACGUGAUCAAAGCCGACCAAACCUCGUACAUCAACUACAUCAAGCCGCUCAUCUUCGCCCGAGAGCUCAACAUUCCGCACGUGCUUUCGGUGAUUGACACCCGGGACGAGUGGUUCUAUCGGAUCCAUCCGGAGCGCAUGGUGCCCUCGCUCAAGGACCAGGACCCCGAGACCAAGCAAGAGGUGAUUGUGUUUGAGAGCACCGCGUGCCUGCAGUAUCUUGCGGACCGGUUCGACGACGACCGGAGCUGGACCGGCCGCAACGCCCAAGAAAGAGGGGCUGUUCUUUCGUGGACAGCCUAUCAGACCGCCGCCUUGGGGCCCACUGCCAAGUAUUGGCUGUAUUUUCUCCGAGGGUACCCCACGCGCCAGGAGCCCAUCCAGUUGCCGCGCACAAUCGAGAAGCUGCACUCGAAUUGCCUGCGCCAGUGGGACAUUCUCGACAAGAGGCUCUCGCUGCCCGGCCAGAACUACGUUGCGCUCCCCGACCGCCCAACUCUGGCCGAUCUGUCUUACUUUCCCUUUGCCAUGCCUUGGAUGUUCAAGUUUCUCAGUGUCGAUAUCCACGACUGGCCUCAUAUCGAAGCCUGGAGCCAAAGGAUGCUUGUCCGGCCAGCAAUCCAAGCGGUGCUAGAGAUGGCCCCAAAGAUCGGCCACUGA